AUGGGGGUACAGGGUGAUUGUAGGGUACCGCCACCACAAGGGCAACAACAAGUUUUGGAGGAGUUACAAGCUAGUCAUCCUGGUAUGGCAUGUAGAAAGGCUAGGCUUAGCCAGAACAAUAGUCUGGUGCCUGGACUGGAUGGGGACAUCAAACCAAAGGUCCAAAAUUGUUCUAGUUGUCAAGAAACAAGGAAUGCACCAACAAAAGCUCCAUUGCAUCCCUCGUCUUGGCCCCAUCAGUCGUGGAUGAGGGUGCACAUGGACUAUGUUGGACCGUUCCUAGAAAAAAUGUUUCUCGUAGUCAUUGACGAACUCUCGAAGCGGAUUGAAGUAAAACCUGUAGAAUCAGCAAGGACAAAAACUACGGUGGAAAAGUUAAGAAAAAUUUUCUCAACUCAUGGAAUUCCUGAAAAACUGGUAUCAGACAAUGGGGCAGUAUUCACCAGUCAAGAAUUUACCGAUUUUGUAAAAUCGAAUAGAAUCGACCACAUUAAAACAGCACGGUAUCAUCCGUCAAGUAAUGGGCUGGUGGAAAGAGCAGUACAGGUAUUGAAGAAGGAAUGUCCCUAG